GUCAAAGGUUACAUACUCCAACUGAAUUUGAAUGUUGGGCGGUCUGCAGUUUGUGACGAUGCUGGAAAAAAACAGCUGAACGGUAGAUUCGGUGGAUGACCAAGAUGUCAACAACUUUCUAAAACUCCAAAUAAACAACAAACAGUAAACAAUAAACAAACAUGGAGCCUCAACAGGCCACUGCAACACCAGAGCCCCAGUCACCACCAACCGCAACCUCCGACGACAAAGGCUCACCAGACUCUAGUCCGGAGAUGGAUUUUGACCACGACGCAGCCGACCUGACCCUCCCACUCGCACCGUGUUGGGCGGUCAACGAUAGUCAUAGUCCGCCCCCCUCCCCCUCUCGUCUUAACCAAACCCUUAGUGUGCCCACCUCCCCACUUGGGGCCCUAUCUUUGAACAAUACCGCCAGCUCUAUCUGUUCUCUGCAAGGGUCACUAAACGCGAGCCUCAGCCCACCCCCCUCGCCGUGUGGACUGCCCCUAACGUUAGAGAACCUCCCCCCUGAACUGUUGUUGCACAUCCUGUGGUAUCUGGAGCCAAAAUUCAUUGUGUUCACGCUCGGACGCGUCAGCAAGUUCUUCCACGCGCUGGUGUCGGAGCCGAUCACGUGGAAAAUCCGAAUGGGGAAGAGAUGGCCGCGGGGACAGCAGUACCCACCGAUGGAAGUUCCAGAUGACUUUAACUGGCAGCAGGCCUGUAUGGAGAGGGAGGAGACAGACAGACUCUGGUCCGACCCGAAGGAGAACAUUCACCACUUCACUCUGGACGGACACUUCGCUACUGUAGAUGCUGUGCACCUUAUACAGAAUGGCACCAUGUGUGUAUCUGGGUCCAGAGACAGAACAGCGAAGAUUUGGGACCUGUCCAAGCUGACCCCAGGAGAGCCUGUUCCUUAUGAUGCUGUGGUCAAGUCACUGGAACAACACAGGGGCUGGGUGUGGUGUCUGUCCUCAUUGGAUAACAUUCUGUGCACGGGAUCAUGGGAUACCGCCAUCAAGCUGUGGGAUUUGAAUGCCAACUGUCAGCUCAUCAUGUCAGUCAAGGAGCGCUCCGCCAUCUUGUGUACCCAGAUUUUGCAGGACAUUCUAGUCGCGGGAAGCUACGACAAGCGAAUAUCUGUCUAUGAUAUCAGGGCGGACUACCAGCCAAUCACGACCCUCCGUCAGCACCAGAAGCCGGUCCUGUGUGUAGCGGCAGAUGAAGAUUACAUCAUCAGCUGUAGUGAGGACAAGACUGUGAAGGUUUGGGACCGGCGGGCGUGUCAGGUCUACAAGUCCAUACAGUUAGAGAAGUUCUGCAUGUCUAUGUGGUAUGGACGUGGCAUGCUGUUGUUAGGAGACAGAAGAGGGCAGGUACAUAUGUACAGCACGGGGGACGGGGGAUUCGAAGAAAUGGAAACUAUAGAGGCCCAUGGUAACAAAGUAACAGGUGUCCACUACACACUGGGAGGACUUUACACUUGUUCAACUGACAAAACUAUCAAGGUUCAUGAACCAUGCAGCCAGCCUGCUGCUAUCUGCACCCUGGCAGAGACCAAAGGAGAGGUGGCUGAUAUUUGUGUUCAGGCAGGAGUGGUAGCCAGCGCACAUUCGGACUUCUCAGUGGGGAUAUGGAGACCUGCCAU